GGUCGGUACACACGGGUUGACGAUCAGAGAUACGGGAGUGCUGGAACGGGGCAUGAACCGCAGCGAUCUGGCCCCGGACCAGUCGUCCCCAUGGUCCUAUAUACACCGGGGCAAAUCAGCCAGCAUGACUGGUUAACAAGGCAGUUUCAACCAAAUACUGGCAUAGACGAAAGAGAGCAGUUGGAUGGCUCGGACAAAAUGAUCCAACAUACAGCGACGCCAUUGGUGUUCCCUGUGGUGUUCCAACGUGCAGAUGAGAGUUUAACUAUUGACACCACCCUGCUGGUCCAUUUCUUCGGGAAGAAAGGGAAGGCUGAGCUCACUUUUGAUGACUUUUAUAGGUUUAUGGACAACCUCCAGACUGAGGUCCUGGAGAUUGAAUUUCUGACCUACUCCAAAGGAAUGGCCACCAUCAGUGAAGAGGACUUUGCCAAAAUCCUCUUGCGCUUCACCAAUGUGGAGAAUAUCGGUGCCUACCUUGAAAAUGUUAGACACAGCAUACCUGAUGAAAAGGGAAUAACCUUUGAUGAGUUCCGCUCCUUCUUCCAGUUUCUCAACAACCUUGAGGAUUUUGCCAUUGCCAUGCAGAUGUACAAUUUUGCAUCUCGCUCCAUCGGACAAGAUGAGUUUGCAAGGGCAGUUUAUGUGGCCACAGGUCUGAAGCUGACACAUCACUUGGUCAACACUAUCUUCAAAAUCUUUGACGUGGAUCAUGAUGACCAGCUCUCUUACAAGGAGUUCAUUGGCAUCAUGAAGGACAGGCUGCACCGAGGUGCCAGGGGAUAUAAAGCGAUGGAGCGAGCCGUUUCCUUUAGAUCCUGCUUGAAAAGAGAGCUGGCAGGCAGUAGGUGAAGGUUCCGUGUCGCACGUCCUUUCCCCCGCCAAGUUGUCCUUGAGGCCAAGAGACAAGUGAAUUGAUCCGGGCUGGAAAAAGAUGUAGCAGAUUCGAUGAGGUUCGAAGGUGGACAACUGGACACAGAGUUUUUUGAAUUCAAGUCCAAGGAUGAAAUAUACUGAAGGUUCAGGAGAUGAAAACGUCAUCACCUGCAGUGCAAUUUAUACACAGUGAAUUGAUACCUUGGCCACAGUCAUUAUUUAUGCGGUAUUUAUGUUGUUAUGUUUGUACUUACUAGAAUGUUUGCAUGAUUGUCAUGUUGCCCGUUUCAGACCAUUUGUUUUAUAACUAAUUUGUUCGCUUUGAAUCCCUUUUCUGCUGUGACUAGAGAAGAGUAAUGUAGGUCCUCCCUGUUUCAUGUUGUGGGAGCAUUUCAAUUGUUACGUCACAAAAUACCACGAACACAAAUUUCAUUUGCAUUAAUAAACAGUUAACAUGU